GUUUCUCUCUCUUUCUGUUUCUCUCUCUUUCUAGUCAUCUUUCGUGGCUUCAUAUUUUUCUGGUUUUGCGUAUCUACUCGUACACUUCAACAAGAGCCUAUUAGAGCUACAGAGAAUCACAAGAACAGCAAACUCAGAAGAAACAAAGAAAACCCAUUUCUCAGUUUUUGGAGCUUUGAACCAAGAAAUUGGGAAAAGAGAGAUUUUUAUUUUUAUUUUUUUGCUUUUCAUGAUAUGAAUAUUGGAGGUCUAUUCGGUUGUUUGAUCGUCUGAUAACAAACUCUUUGGCGGGUUUUGAGCAAAACCCAGUUGCCCAAAAAUAGCAAAGAUUUACUAGGAGUGGCUGUAUAUGAAGUAAAAGUGGAACAAUGAGAGAUGGGAGUUCCAAGAACAGCAAGCUCUCAUGGUCAAAGAAAAUGGUCAGAAAGUUGUUCAACAUCAAGAGCAAGACUGAAGACUUUCAGGCAGAUGAUGUUUAUGAAGGAGGUGAUGUUGAAUACAGGACUAGUUUCUCAGAGAGAGAGCCCUGCACAAUCAAAAAGAGCAAAACAGAGAAAUUUAGCAAGAACGGUGAGCAGGGUCGCCGAGGUAGAAUGAAUCUCGAGCACCCUCGAAUUUUCGAUGUCCAAAACUAUAGCAUUUUUGUUGCAUCAUGGAAUGUGGCUGGAAGAUCUCCACCAAGUAACUUAAAUCUCGACGAAUGGCUUCACGCCGCGCCUCCUGCAGACAUUUAUGUUCUUGGAUUUCAGGAGAUAGUCCCACUGAAUGCUGGCAAUGUUCUUGGUGCAGAAGACAACGGCCCUGCCAAGAAAUGGCUGGCUCUCAUUCGAAAGACGCUCAACAACCUUCCGGGGACAAGUGGUUGUAGCGGCUGCUAUACACCAUCUCCAAUUCCACAGCCUGUUGUGGAAUUGGAUGCAGAUUUUGAGGGAUCAGCAAGGCGGAAGAACUCGUCUUUCUUUCACCGCCGAUCUUUUCAAACAACUCACAGUUGGAGGAUGGAAAAUGAUCCUUCAAUCUCUCAGCCAAGACUUGAUCGCCGGUUCAGUGUCUGCGAUAGGGUGAUCUUUGGCAACAGGCCGAGUGACUAUGGUCACAGGCCGAGUGACUACGGUCACAGGCCGAGUGACUAUGGUCAUAGGCCGAGUGACUAUGGUCACAGACCGAGUACUGAUUAUGGGCAUAGACCAAGUGAUUACAGCCACAGGCCAAGUGAUUACAGUCACAGGCCAAGUGACUUUGAUUCGAGUCACCGGUCGGGUCAUAGGCCGAGCGACUAUUCUAGGCCUAGUGACUACUCCAGAUGGGGUUCUUCUGAUGAUGAUAAUGGACCUGGUGAUUCACCAAGUACUGUGUUAUUCUCACCUAUGUCCUAUUGCUACGGUGGAUCUGCAUCCAAUGAUGACGGAUAUCGAAAAAGAGGGCAAUCAAGAUAUUGCUUGGUUGCAAGCAAGCAAAUGGUUGGCAUAUUUCUCACCAUUUGGGUCAGAAGUGAAUUGAGGGAUCAUGUUAAAAACAUGAAGGUAUCUUGUGUUGGAAGAGGGUUAAUGGGUUACCUUGGAAAUAAGGGAUCCAUUUCAGUCAGCAUGUCUUUGCACCAAACCAGCUUUUGCUUUGUUUGUAGUCAUUUAACUUCAGGACAGAAGGAGGGUGAUGAACUAAGAAGGAACUCUGAUGUCAUGGAGAUUCUUAGAAAGACAAGGUUUCCACGGGUUCAUAACGCUGGUGAUGAGAAGUCCCCGGAGACUAUCCUUGAGCAUGAUCGAGUUAUUUGGCUCGGAGAUUUGAACUAUCGAAUUGCCUCCUCUUAUCGCACUGCAAAGGCCCUCGUUGAGAUGCAAAAUUGGCGGGCCUUGUUAGAGAAGGACCAGUUACGGAUAGAGCAGAGACGAGGCCGUGUUUUUGUGGGAUGGAAUGAGGGAAAGAUUUACUUCCCACCAACGUACAAAUAUUCCACUAACUCAGAUAGAUAUGCAGGGGAUGACAUGCACCCGAAAGAGAAACGUCGAACGCCAGCUUGGUGUGAUCGAAUUCUGUGGUAUGGAGAAGGGCUUCACCAAUUAUCUUACGUUCGUGGCGAAUCUAGAUUUUCAGAUCAUAGGCCAGUUUAUGGUCUGUUUUGGGCCGAGGUUGUCUCUAGCCAUAGCCGAUUGAAGAAAAGCAUGAGUUAUUCUAGUUCUAGGAUUGAGGUGGAGGAGUUGCUACCAUAUUCACAUGGAUAUACUGAACUUAGCUUUUUCUGAAAUAUGGUUGAACAAUUUUGACUCACAUCGUUACACAUCCAGGCUGGGAAUCACUUUGUAGAAUUUUCAUCCCCAUACGGCGAUGGAGACAUUCCAUUGCCCACAAACCGAAAAAGGCACUAAUUUUGUAUUUUGGUCGGUUAACUGAUCAGCUCACAAAAACAAAAAAAAAAAAAAGAAAAAAAAAAAGGUUCCAUGAGAUUUGUACAUUUGAUCAGCAUUCAGCAUCAUCAUAACUAGUUAGCUUCAAAGUUAUCAGAUUUAAGUACGGAGAAUUAUUUGGUAACCCAUUUUACGGACAACUGCCUUUCUGACCAUCUCAAACUGCCCUGCAAAAUGAUUAGGAUUAAACUUAAUCCAACUAGGAACUGCCUUGUAGGGGAGAUUGAGGAUUUCUUUUUUUUUUUUUUUUUAAAUUCAAGAUUCUUUUAUUUGUUCAUGGAAUAUGUGUGACAUGGCCAAACAAAGGAGAAAGAUGGUCAAAAUAAUCAUUUGUAUACUCUCUUUUGUUUUUAAUACAAAGC